UUUCUUGAUGAGAAAGUUUUUCGCGGCUUCUGUGUUAUAGUUCUUCAAGCUCUCAAUAACCAUUUUCUCCACAGUCCCAAUCCAUCGGAACCAGAAGCCAUGAGCCGUGGGAGUGGAGGAGGAUACGAUCGUCACAUUACUAUAUUCUCCCCUGAAGGCCGCCUAUUUCAAGUCGAGUAUGCAUUCAAGGCUGUGAAAUCUGCUGGAAUUACCUCGAUUGGCGUCAAAGGGAAGGAUUCGGUUUGUGUUGUAACUCAGAAGAAGGUCCCUGAUAAACUUUUGGAUCAGACAAGUGUCACUCACCUUUUCUCCAUCACUAAGUAUCUGGGCUUACUCGCAACUGGCAUUACAGCUGAUGCCAGAUCACUGGUUCAACAAGCAAGGAAUGAAGCAGCAGAGUUUCGAUUCCGAUAUGGUUAUGAGAUGCCUGUGGAUGUUUUGGCUAAAUGGAUUGCUGAUAAAUCACAAGUCUAUACCCAGCAUGCUUACAUGAGACCUCUUGGAGUUGUGGCAAUGGUUUUAGGCAUUGACGAUGAGUAUGGGCCUCGCCUCUAUAAAUGCGAUCCUGCUGGUCAUUUCUUUGGUCACAAGGCCACUAGUGCUGGACUUAAGGAGCAGGAGGCUAUUAAUUUCCUGGAAAAGAAAAUGAAGAAUGAUCCUGCUUUUACUUAUGAGGAGACCGUGCAGACUGCAAUUUCUGCACUUCAAUCUGUGCUCCAAGAGGACUUCAAGGCCAAUGAGAUUGAGGUGGGAGUUGUUAGGUCAGGGAAUCCCAUCUUCAAAGUGUUGAGCACCGAAGAAAUUGAUGAACAUUUGACUGCCAUUAGUGAGCGAGAUUGAUCUAUGUUAUGCAAAAAAAAACGAACUGAAGAAGUUGUAGAACAUUCGACUGCCAACAGAUAUGAGAAGAUCAGUUGUUGAUUCGUGCUAUAUAUGCUACAAACAGUACAAAAGUCAUCUUUAGAAUUUGUAUUUCUGAGGAAUUCAUCAUGUUACAUGAUUUAACGCACUUAAACUAAGUUUCUGUUAGCAUAUAGCAUGAGGGGAAGUAGAUUUUGAACCGUCUCUCUCAUUCAUCAUGGUAGAGAGAAAAACUCAUUAAGUUAAGUUCCUCUGGGAUACUUCUAAGCCCUAUAAAAUGCAAGUUUUAGUUCUUAUA